CUCACCCGUAAACCGCCCGUAUACUUAUGUUCCUCUCCCUUUCUCUCCCGCAAAGGCACAGAGAAGAGAGCCUUCUUGCUUGGAGAAGAAGAAGAAGAGGAGGAGAAAAGUAUGUGAGGGAGAGAGAGAGAGAGAGAGAGAGAGAGAGAGAGGAAACCCACCCCUAUAUAUAACCUCCGUCUCUCAUAGCCUUUCGGUGCCCGAAUUCAGAAACUUUACCACAAUUCCUCUCUCUUUUCCCCCUUCUUUUUUGGUCUCGAAGAAGAGAACAUAAACCUCAAUCAUACUCUCUGCCCUCACCCAAACACAGCGAAUAAACAGAGUAUGUCUCCGCAGCAAUGCCGGAAUCUUCCGGUUGCUCCAUAAAAGCAAAAGCCUCCUUCCCUUUCGCUUUUUAUCACUUCAAGUCAAUAGCCCCUCAACAUUAUUUGGCCACCUAUAUGUGAGAUUAUACAUACAUAAAUAUAUAUAUAUAUAUAUAUUCUUCUGUAGCGUGGCGAUUCUCCCGUUGUUGAGGUAUUGGAAAACCAUGGCCGUCGAUGUGUGCUUUGAGCUUCCCAGUUUAUCUGCCAGCCCUAGAAUUUCAUUCUCUCGUGAUCUCAACCAAUCGGACGGCGUCUCCGUCGACGACCAGUUUCACCUCCGAUCCGAUGCUUCUCUUUUGGAUCCGACCUUCGAUUUCGCCUUUUCCAUCGGCAAGAGCUUCGCUCCGGAGAUUUCGAUUUCGUCUGCGGAUGAGCUCUUCUCCAAUGGCAAGAUCCUCCCUACUGAGAUCAAGAAACAUGUCACAGCAGCACCGAAAGAAGAAGUCCGGCCAGUUUUUCUGUCUCGUUCUCGUCCUAAUCCCACUGCGACUACAAGUUCGAUUGAGAAUUUGAACGAGGAGACGAAGAAGAAGAGGCUGAAAGAGUUCUUGAGCAGCAAUUUUGACGAGGAGGAGGGCAAGCCAUUGUCGAAACCCUUCUGGCAGUUCAGGCGGAGCAGUAGCCUGAAUUGCGAGAGCGGCAGGAGUAAAGCCCUAAUUCGAUCUCUACAGUUCUUAUCGCGGAGCAAUUCGACUGGUUCAGCUCCGAAUCCGAAACAACCGGCAAUGUCGAAGGACACGCAGAAGCAGCAUUCUUUCAAACAAGCGCCGUUUUCCCGCUCACAGUCAUGUUCUUCUUCCAAUCCGUAUUAUCCUUACAAUUCGUCGAAAAGGCCUCCGUUGAAGAAGAACUGCAGAUCUCAUGGUAAUGGCGUCCGAAUUAGUCCUGUUUUGAACAUUCCGCAUAAUUGCAUAGCCGCCAUUGGGACUGCAACUCUGUUUGGCUUUGGAUCGUUGUUCUGUAAUGGUAAGGCCAAAAAGAAGAAGAAAUGAUUCGUAUUUCUAGGUACAAACACUCACACACACACACACACACACACAUACAUGUUCAUAUGUUCACGGAUGAAUUUUCUCGGUACGGCCUGCGCUGCGAUCGAUUUCUUAAACAUAUCUCAUUCGUUGAGAGAAAGAAAAGGAAAAGCGUAACAGAUGAAAUCGCAGAUGAUUCAGAUGGAUGAUUGGGUUGUGGGGGGGUUGAAAUGAGCGCAGAAUUAUGAUAAAUUUUUUUACAAAAUUUUCAAAGGCCAAGGGGACAACAGAAGAACAAGAUACCCUUAUUUGAUGGCGUUGCCAUGCUUUCUUUUCUUAAUUCUCUUUGAAUAUCUGUUAUGUUCCGCAACAUAAUUACAUGUGGGAUAUAUAUAUAUAUCUUUUCAUCUUUUAUUAAUUUUUCUACCACUGCUCUUUGGGUGUAUCUUUUUUAAGUAAAUUUUUUUUUAUCAAAUAUUCGUAACAAUCUAAGAAUCACGUCUACCAAGUAAGCAUACUAAAAUAAAAUCAGCCUUGUCGUCUAAAAAAAAAAACAAAAAAUUAAAUUAAAUUAAAUUUUGAUUGUAAAGUCUUAUACUACUCAAGCCAAUUUGUGAGGAUACCUUUUAGUCUUUCUUUUGAACUUUCAACUUUGAAGUUUGAAUGGAUCCUGUUUUUUCCUUUGGUAUUUCAUAUAUAUAUAUAUAUAUAAAGGAGACAAUCAUACGUUGAUUUAGGAUUCCUUUAGCUUUGAUCUUUUUGUUUCUAUCUAGAAACUUUUGAGCCAAGAGCUGGAUCUAACGCAUAGGCUUACGAGUAAGCUAAUCAUUGAGGGGCCCUUUAAGCUUAAUUAUUUGGUAAUCCAAGCACAUGCUUAUAUUAUUAGAUUGCUGUUUGUAUUAGCCUUUGCUUUAGAUCCCCAAUUCUUCUAAGCCUAGCUACCCCCCAUUUGUCUCUUGCUUUACUUUUCCAUC